AUGCCUGUGGAGCAGAAGCCCAGCCAGGGCACUCGCCCCAGCAGCCCGGCCCCCGUCCCGCUCCGGGAGCAGAAGGCAGCUCACGUCUCCAAGCUGGAGGCGGCCCCCCUCCGGUCGGGUUUCACUGUCGCCCACAAGGCAGCGCUCCUCCGGGCGGAGAUCUCUCUGGACGCGCUGACUCGCUCAACCCCCGCCCGGCUCACGCUGGCAGAACCGAGCACACACAGAAUCCAGCUCUCACCACAAAGCAGGGGCAGUGUCGAUGGCCCCCACCCAGCAGUGAGUCUCACACAACUGACCCAGGAAGAAGCAGGGGUCGUGUUAGAGCUCCCCCACAAGGAAGCACCAAGAGCGCCGGGUGUGGCUAGCAGCUCGGGGUCUCCGCCCACACAGCUCUGGGGUGGCCUGCCGACUCACAGAACCGGGCAUUGCCGUGCGAGCUGCUCCAGGUGGCAGAGGGACGUGGAAACGGCCGUCGUAGGAAACCUGCCCCCACUCCCCCAAAAGGAGAAACGGUCUGGUGGGCACACCAACAAAGAACCAAAUGCCUGCAGCUGGUGGGACGGCCCUCAGGGAGAGCUCACAGCCGUGGUGGCCACGCAGCAAAGUCACGCUUGGUCGGUCCUGGGACCAGGAGGAGCACUCGGGCCAGCCUGGAGGCGGACGCUCGAGGUGGGAGGGCCAGGCCGGAGCCUCCAGGCCGACCACCUGACCGGAAACCACCCACUCCGUGCGGGAACAUCCGACUCCAACGUCACCAUGACAUCUGUGAGCUGCAGGAGAAGGCUGGCGACCCCCUGCACCCAAAGGGAGGGCCCUUCUGAAGGAGUUGUGAAAUGCGGGCAGGGGAGCCAGACCCUGGCUGGUCAUGCCGGGGACAUGGAAACUCUGAGGGGGCCCAGACAGCAGACUGGACACAACCAGAAGCCCCCUGAACCGGGCAGACAGACCACCACACGGACCUCGGUGGACACCAGGGCUGCCUGUGCUGGAAAGGCGGGUGCCUCGUCCCCCACGAAGGGUUGGGUCAGAGUCACCCCCACUCACCCGAGCACACAGCCGAAACCCACUGGAAACGCAGGAUCUCCGCCUCAGAGCCGGCCCGGGCCAGCAAGGGUGGGCACCGACAGCACACAGACGGAUGGAGGAUUUUGCGAGGGUGUGUGUCACCGUGACAUAUUGUAGUGGUGGUUACUGCUACACCCACAGUGACACAGCCCCUGCCCAAAAGCGCCACCCGACACACGCCCGCAGCAAGUGGAGCUGGGCGUGUGCAGAACACCCAGCUCCUGGCCAGGAAGUCUCCCCCUGGGCCAGAGGCGGGGUGAUGCACAGGAGCAGCUCCCUGAUGAGAAGGAAGAGGCGCACUGAGACACAGGCCCCUUCACACGAGACGGAUGCCCGGCGGGGCAAGGCGCUCUGUGCGGGUGUCUGGAAUCCCCGAGCCCCUGACCUGGGCCCACCAGGAGGGAGCCGGGGGGCUGGGCGCGAGAACACGGACUUGUGCACUUGAUCACCUUCAGUGUUCACCCUGUGCACACACCGCACCUGGAAGGGGACUUCGGAGUCUGAUGGAAGGGUAUUUUAAGAACAUACUGCCUAAGGGUGCUGGAAACCGCACCGAGGCCUGGACCACGGAUUUUGCCCCCUGUGGCGUUGUGGCCUGGCCCACGGCACCCCCACCCGGGAACAUGGACCGAGGGCCCUGGGCAGCGCCCACCCGCUGAGACCUCACAGCAAAGGCAUCACUGGGGCCUCCAGGUGGGGACGCCGAGGUGCAGAGCCUCCAGGGAAGAUGGGGGGCCAGAGGGGCAGGGGCCCCAACAAAGGGCCAGCCCUUCACCUCCAGAAUCUCAGGGGGAACUUGAGCAAAAUGGACGAGGCCAGCCACAGCCUGGGCACCCCCAACAGACUGUGCUGGGCCCCCACCGCCGUCCCCGUGGUUCUGGGAUGGACCAGAAACGGAGCACGGGGCGUCCCCAAGGGAACACUCUGAACCAGCCUGUGAGCUGGCCUUGAGACAAGUUAAGGCCGUGGGACCCAAGGCCACGACUACAGAGCACGUUUGCCGCACGCAGCAAACAAUCGCUCCACGCACGCAUCGAUUGUAUAAGAUUUAUGAGCAAAGAAACCCAGACCGCGCAUGUGCUGACAGAAAACAGGUAAAAGCAGGACAGGUGCAUCGCAGGUGCACACCUCCUGUGGCAAUAAACUGUUGUUAACCCC